UGCAUAUAAAUGCUUAAAGGUGAGAUCUGAGCAUCAUCGGUGGAAGCAGGAUUCAGUUAACAGUAGUCGAAUACUCUUGGACUGGACACCCGCCAGCUCAACAGAUCACAUAAGCAUGUCUCCAUCAGGGCGUCCAAACACGGUCCGGCUGGUGUUCCUCGGGGCAGCUGGAGUCGGCAAGAGCGCGCUCAUCCGCCGCUUCCUCCACGAUCGCUUCGAGCACAAGUACACGCGCACAGUGGAGGAGCUUCACGUGCUGGAGUGUGACAUGUCCGGGUCUGGGAAGAUGCGUCUGGAGAUCCUGGACACAGCCGGGAGCUACUCGUUCCCGGCCAUGCGCGAGCUAUGCAUCCGGCACAGUGACGCGUUCGCCCUCGUGUACGCCGUGGACGACCCCGGGUCCCUCGACGAGGUGAAGCGGCUCCGUCACGAGAUUCUGGAGCUGCGGGUCGGCAAGAAGGCGCCCAUCACUGUGGUUGGCUGCAAGUCGGACCUGACCGAGACGGAGGGUCGUGUCCUCCGGACGGCCAACGUCAUGGCCACAGUGGAGGGUGAGUGGGAUGCGGCCUUCGUGGAGGCGUCCGCGCGCACAGGUGGAAACGCGGUGGGAGUGUUUAGCUCGUUGUUGCAACAGAUGCAGGUGCCACACCGACUGAGCCCAGCGGUGAGGAGGCGCAGAGACACGGAGCCCAAAGCGGCAGUGAAGAGGAGACCUCCACUGAAGAAGAACCACAGCUGUGUCCUGUCAUAGAACAUUUUAUGUGAUGAAAAUGAACUCUGCAUCUGGACUGCUGAUCUCCACGUUUUGCUGGUCAUCACUGAUGGAGAUUUGGAAGGAAGGUCCUUUAAUAGGCCUAUAUGAAAUUAUAAGUAUAGGUGAUUAAUGCCUGAUGUAGGCUAUUAUAGCCUAAAGGAUUCAUGUUCAAGCUUCACGUUUUAUGUAGGCU